AUCGCCUCAGGCAAUGGCGACAACACAGCGCGACUGUGGGACGCGCAAACCGGUGCACCCGGUCUCACCUUAUGCGGCCAUACCUCCCAUAUUACGAGCGUGGUGUGUUCGCCCAGCGGCCAGCAGAUCGCCUCAGGAAGUCAUGACAAUACGGUGCGGCUGUGGGAUGUGAAUUCGGGUCAAUGUUUGGCAGUUGUUGAAGAUUUCCAUGGAUCAAUCACAAGCAUCACCUGGAACGCUACUUUUAACGGCACCUAUUUCGCAACCGGCUGUUCCGAUAUGUCUGUUCGCAUGUGGCAGGUCAUAGAGGAGGAGGAUCGCUAUCAGGUGCGCCUGCAUUAG